AUGGCAGAAGAACAGGCUAAGAAGGAGAAAAAUGAAGAGAGAGGUCGUCAUCUUUAUAAAACAAGCAUUAAAAUAUUGAAACAUUCCAAAAGAAAAAAAGAGAAAAAUGAAGCCUACCAACUACUUACUAAAGCAGCAGAUUUGGGAAAUUUGAAAGCUAUGGAAAAACUUGCUGCUGCAUUGCUGUUUGGUUAUCAUGUUCCUCAAAAUAUAACUGCAGCUGUGGCUUUAUAUGAAACUUUGGCUGAAAAAGGAUCUCAUAAAGGCCAAACUGUAUUAGGAUUUAUGUCUUCAUAUGGCAUAGGAGUGGAGUAUAAUCAAGCCAAGGCACUUCUGUAUUAUACAUUUGGAAGUCUUGGAGGAAACUUGAUAUCUCAGAUGAUUUUGGGAUAUCGUUAUUGGUUAGGAAUCAAUGUUCCAAGGAACUGUGAAGCAGCAUUAAUUAAUUAUAAGAAAGUGGCAAAAUUUAUUGCUGAUAAAUUAGGAAAACAUGAUGACAUGCCAGUAGAAAAAAUGAGACUGAUGGAAAGAUCAGAAAAUGUGAGUUACAACAAUGUCUUCUUAGAUUGGGAUGUACAACAAUACUACAAGUUUUUGGCUAAAAGAGGAGACACACAGAUACAGGUGUAUCUUGGACAAUUACAUCUUGUAGGAAGGAAGGGAGUAGAAAAAGAUCAUUCUAAAGCUUUCUACUACUUCCUAAAGGCAGCAAAAGCAGGGAAUGCUAAUGGUAUGGCAUUCCUGGGAAAGAUGUUUUUAGAAGGAAGUGUUGCUGUGAUACAGAGCAAUGCUACUGCAUUUAAAUACUUCACAAUGGCAGCUGAAAAGGGCAAUGCUGUUGGAAUAUGGGGACUAGGUCUUCUUUAUUUCCAAGGAAGAGGAGUCCCAUUGAACUACACUGUAGCUUUUAAGUACUUUGAAGAAGCAGCUGAGAAAGGUCUGGCAGAUGCACAGCUCCAGCUAGGAAUCAUGUAUCACUCUGGCACUGGAGUCAAGAAAGACUAUAAACUUGCUUUCAAAUAUUUUUACGUGGCAUCUCAAAAUGGGCAACCUAUUGCUGUUUAUUACUUGGGCCAGAUGUACGCUGCAGGAACAGGAGUGUUUAGAUCAUGCCAAAAUGCAGUUGAGCUCUACCGAAGCGUUUGUGAACUGGGAAGUUGGUCGAAGAAGUUCCUGACCGCAUACUUUGCUUACCAGGCCGGUGAGACAGAUUCAUCUCUUGUUCAAUAUGCAUUUUUAGCAGAAAUGGGAUAUGAAGUAGCUCAAAGUAAUUCAGCUUACAUUUUGGAAUCUGAAAAGGUUAAAAUUCUCAGGGAAGAUCACAAGUAUCCUUUGGCAUUUCUUUUGUGGAAGAGAGCUGCAGCUCAAGGCAAUGCAUUUGCUAGAGUCAAAACUGGAGACUACCACUUCUACGGUUAUGGAACCAAGAAGAAUUAUGUCACAGCAGCAUUUUAUUACAGCCUGGCAGCUGAUCACCAUAAUGCUCAAGCCAUGUUUAAUCUGGCAUAUAUGUAUGAACGUGGUUUAGGUAUUCCAAAGGAUAUAUAUUUGGCUAGGAUGUGGUAUGCUGUUGCAGCAAAAACAAGCCCAGAUGCUUCCAUUCCAGUGUUCUUAGCAACUUUGAAACUAGAAGUUACUGUUCUCCUCAGAGAAAUGAAGUUUUUCAAGAUUAUUACACAAUGGAAACUGUCAGAACUGGACAACAUUCUUGGACCACACUGGGAUCUGCUUGCAGUGGCAGUCAUAGUCAUUUUGCUUCUUCUCUUAAUUAGCAAUAGGUGUGCAGCUGGAAUUCAAGGCACUCAACAAGACACUUAUUGA